UAAGACUAUGGAACACUUCUUCUCAUUCUCCUGUUGCUAUAUACGAAGGUCACUCCUACCCUGUAUGGGACGUCUCUUUUAGCUCGGUCGAUGGGUAUUUCACCACUGCUAGCUAUGACAGGACAGCAAGACUCUGGAACACUGAUAGAGUUUAUCCUUUAAGAAUAUUCGCAGGACAUGAAGAUAGUACUGAUGUGGUUCACUUUCAUCCUAAUGGUAGCUACAUAGCAACUGGUUCUAAGGACCACACCAGUAGGCUAUGGGACAUUAAUACUGGGAAUUGUGUUCGCUUGUUUCCCGGCAGUAAAUCUCCAAUCACUGUUAUCGCUUUUUCUCCUUUUGGAAAACAAGUGGCUACUGCCACUAAUGGUGGUACUAUUACUCUGUGGGAUUUGGGCAUGUCAAGGAUUGAUUGGGAAGUAAAGGCUCACACACGAAGUGUGACAUCGCUAGCUUAUAGCUGUGAUGGGACACUCCUG